UCCAAACUUUGUGAGGAAGAAGAAGACGAGAGAACUCAGUAAUGGAUGAUACAAUCUCAAACCCUAGUAUGGAACAUCUGCUGUUUUCCAUCGAUCCAAUCUCCGAAACGCAACAAAAACUCAAGCUUUUGGUUGACAAUGGCGAUUACGGAUUCGAGAGAGGACCUAGAUACGGAGAAUACGCGAGACUAAGAGAAUCGAAGCUUAGAGUGAAACGAGACUUCGAGAAGAUUCUUAAAGAAGAGCAAGUGAGAUUUGGGUUCAGAGAAGAAGAUGAGAUAAGGGUUUUGCCGGAGAAGAAGACGAGAUUUGGGUUUAUUCCGAAUCUGAGGAAAACGUCGUCGUCUUCGUUGGCUCAAUCUGUUCCUGACUUCUCUGAUAUGAUUCGUAAAGAGAAUCGUAAACCGGUUAAUUCGAAUUUGCUUCCUCGGAGAACAGAGUUUACUUCUCCGCCGGUUAAGAGUAGAUUCGCCGGAUCUGCUUUGAGAGGGAGUGUCUCAGCGAGUGCUGGUGAGAAGAAAGGUAUUGGGAUGAUGCGUAAGAGCUAUGCGAAUGUUGAUGAUCUUAAGAAAGUUUCUAUGGCUGCUGCUUCUGCCAUUAACGGCGGCGGAGGAGGAAAAAGGAAGUCGCUUGGCGGUGGAGGAGGAGGAAGGAAAUCAAUUGGUGGUGGUGGUGGUCGGACUAUUCUAGGUUACAGACAAAUUUACUGAUUCUAUGAUCUUUGUUGUGUUCAAAAUCUAACAUUUGUGGCUUAAAGUUUGAUUUUUUUUUUGUUUUCCUACGGAUUUCUCUAUUCUUUUGUGGGUUUUGAUUGAUGAAAGA